AGAUAGUCUUCAUGCUUCAUGUAAUCACAAAUCCCCUCCUAUCUGUAUGCAGUUAUUUCUACAAAAGAUCUCUAGCUGUUGCAUAAAGGAUGGCAACACUCAAAUGUGAUUGUGAACUCUGAGGUGACGUGCAUAAACACCUGGAGUUUAAUGUUCAGUUCUAAGAAGUAAGCUAAAGUAAAGCCAAACUGAAGUGGGCUUGGAAAUUUUGAAACUUCUAAUCUGAACUCACUCAUCUGGUGCUGUGGAUUAUUAGAUUUCAAACAUCAGUCUGUAAAAUGCCAUUUCACUGGUUCUUUACAUCCAGAUUAAUUGUUCAUAUUUCCAUCUGUCUGAAAUCACCGAAAGAGAAGCAUGGAACCAAAGCACGGUAAAUUCUUGGAAUAGUAUAAAUCCAGUAAAGCCGGUUCAGCAAAAUGAUUCGGAUUCAGUAAGGCAACAACAGCUCACCAGUCAGCCUAAUGUUUUGUGCAUGUGAGCUGCCCUUUGUCAUGUUAAACGUCAGACUAAGUGGUGCUGGAUAAGCUGCGUGGGGGUGACCCUAUGGCCUGUACCCCUUUGGGGCAGUCUGUAGUUUUAUUACAGGGGGUUGGAAACAUUUAAAACCACUAUUCUAAGCAGAGUAAUCUUUAUCAAGCACUUUCAACAUUCCAACUUGAAGUGUGAAAUACCUUAGUAAUGGCUCAUGCAAGUGUAACCCUGGAAGUCUAACAAGAGCAAAAAGACAUUUAAAACAUUUGUAAGCUCCAACUGUUUGAGAGAGGUGGUGGUGGGUUUAUGUUAUUCCAGAGAUUUUUGGAAUAGAGAUUGAAAACCUGCAAUUACACAAAGUAUUUGCAGACAUCAAAAAGUUCAGAGAGAGUCCAGAGAACAUUUUAUUCAUUGUUUAAUAUAUACAACAUUGUCCAUAGUGAAUUGUUGCCUUGAUUAAAAAAAAAAAAAAGUUUAGAUGAUACUAGAAAAGAGUUGCAAAGUUAUAUUAAUGAACUAAAUACGUAUUUUCUUUAGGAAAAUAUCCGGAAAUACAUUUUUUUUUUAUUUUAAGAAGAACCCCAGAAAGAUUAUUUUGUAUAUAUUUUUCUAAAGCGAUUCAAGAAAGGCGCCUUCUCGGUUAACUACGUCAUACGUACGCGCCAUUUCUUGAGUCUCAGUAGGCGUACUGUUUCUUAUUUUUACCACCAGUAUUCAGACAAAUCUCACCUCCUGAGCUAGGAGUGGCUAGAUAUAUCCCAAAUCUGGCGACUGAAGACUCCGGAUUGGGGAACUUCAUAUGCGAACGAUAUUAUAACCAAUAGUAACGCAGCAGGCGGGAUUUGGCAAAGUAUAGGUAGUGAAAUUUGUUGCAGGCGUGUCUCGGAAAGCUCUUAUUGGCUACAGGGCGGUUAAAGGUACUAUGCUGAUCGCUGAUUGGCCAGCGCGUUUUUUGACGCGAAAUUCAAACUAUGUAGUAACUGGCGCUUUUUCCCUCUCGGUUUUCAUUAGUCAGUGGCGACUGGAUUUGACCGCGUAAAUCGAUUAUGUUGAGUUAGUGUACAGUAACGCGCGCUAGAACAGUUGCUUUCAUUUGUAAAGCUCGUAUAUGUAUAUAUAAAAGAAUAAAACCUGGAGCUUUAUUUUCGAGUUUUGUGGUGAGCACACUGUAAAGGCGCCGCUAUGAAGUGUCUGACCCGCAGCAGAGCUUCAGCAGAGAAAGCGGAACCGGAAACGAGCGCCGAGUUAAAGGGACUUAAGAAAAGCGCGCCAUCAUCUUCCUGCGUGUCUUCCUCUAUCUCUCACCACCUGGACAGCGACCCCAAAGGGCCUGAUAACAAAGAGAACUGCAAGGAAAAGCCCUGUUGUGUAGACGUGCUGUCUGAAGCUGAGGGUCUCCUGAUCAGCUCGAGUCCCGCAGAAGACAGCGGCUACCUCUCUCUUCACAACAGCCAACUCGAGCUGAACCAUGAUAUCGACACGCACUGUACAGAGACGCUGGAGAGAUGCACAGAGGAACCGGGAUGCAGACUGUCCCCAGUUCAUUCAGACUCCAGCUCGGGUUGCCUUCCUGUGUUGAAGUUCCAGGAGGAGGUAUGCAAACAGUUGGCCAAAAGCUACAGGAAAAGCCAGAGCUAUGACUGGACUGUUGUUAAUAAGCUUGCAGGGCACUAUGGCCUCCAUCACAUCAUUGGCGCAAAGAUGGGCCUGGAGUAUGUAGAUGUUCUUUGUGGCCUGCUGAAGAAAGACAUGAAACACAUCCUGACCAGGAUCUUGGGCCUACUUGGGGACUGUGACUUGAUAAACUGUAAAAAAGUGAGUAGGACGUGGCAGAAAAUCAUUCAGCAAGAUGACCGAGCCUUUCAGAGAUGCAUAAAAGCAGAGCAAAUGGUGGACUCGGGAAGGCCGACAGGGUCUUUAUCCAGAGACUUUGGCGUUAGCAGGGUGGUGUUUUCUUGCCUGCAGAGUGUAGCCUCUUCAACACCAGGACACAAACCCAUAAAGAAGACCCUCGGCCAAACCGACGCCACUGAAAACGCAGCCCAGCCAAGCCGCUUUGCAGAAUUUCAUGAGGCUACUAAAUUCCUGAAAGGGCACGAGGCUCUGAGGAGUUGCCGUCUCUGUGGUUCUCCUGCACGGUUCGACUCGGCCAUGAAAAGGGCCGCGUGUAUGCGGGCUAGCUGUGCUUUCGUCUUCUGCUCGCUGUGCCAGUCAGCGUACCAUGGCUCCGCCCCAUGCCAGAGGGGCAUAAUCAAGGCAUCAUCACCACACUGCCAGACCGUGCCUUUAGCAGGUUCUGCUCGCAGCAAGCGCAGCAUCCGGCGCCUCUGAGUAUCGUUAACUCGGGAAACACAAUUUGCACCUUUUUUAAAUUUGGCCUUUAUUGUAAAAAAAAAAUAUAUAUAUAUAUUUUGAUACUUUUAUAAUGUGGACUUUUUUACUUAAGUUCCUUAGUGUCUUUGAAUGUGAAGUGAUGCAGGUCACUUUGUCUGUGGUCCUAGCACAUUUUUUUUGUAUGAAUGGCAAAAAAAAACGAUGAGAGGACUGAAUAGCCUUCUCCACUGAUACAGUAGAACAUUUUAUAAAUUUUAUAAUUAUACAUGUAUUAAUUAAAUUACUAUUUGUGUACCUUGUCAGAACAAAUUGUAAAUAUUUACAUGGCUGAAUAAAGAGUCCUAUAUUUUUUUAAA